AUGAAAUAUACACCCGAACAAGUGGCAACACACAACUCGCUCAAUGAUUGCUGGAUCAUCGUUCAAGGCAAAGUGUUUGACAUAACAAACUUUUUGAGUGAACACCCCGGAGGAAAAAAGGUUCUUGUCAAGGUUGCCGGAAAAGACGCCACUAAACAAUUCAAGCAAUUCCAUAACGAUGCUAUAAUGGAGCGUAUGGGUCUUCCUAUGCAAAUCGGCGUUGUAGAAUCAUACAAUGAUAAAAAAGUUCCAAAGAAAGUAGUCGAUGUCUCGGCUACAUCCAGUACUGCCGCCACGCCUUUCACCGAACUCGCUCGGAAUACAGGUGCUGUACCAUAUGGAGAUCCUAGUUGGUGUCAGGAAUGGAACAGCCCCUAUUACAAGGAGUCCCAUAUCAAACUUCGAAAUUAUGUGCGUCAAUUUGUUGACAAGGAAAUUACUCCUUUCUGUCAUGAGUGGAGCGAAGCCAAAAAAAUCCCAUCUCACAUCAUCAAGAGAUGUGCCGAAGUCGGACUUUUGAAUGCGCUCUCUGGUGCAGGAACCAUACCAGCAAUGUCCUCUUUGAUGCCUUAUCCUCUCCCUACUGAUAUCCAGCCCAAAGAUUUUGAUAUUUUCCACGAAGCCGUAUGUAUUGACGAACUAUCUCGUUGUGGCUCAGGUGGACUUAUUUGGGCUGUUGAAGGUGGUCUUUCCAUUGCAUUGCCACCUGUAAUGAACUUUGGGUCGCCCGAGAUGAUUAAAAAAGUUGUUCCUGCAUGUCUUUCAGGCGAUAAAUAUAUUGCAUUGGCUAUCACAGAACCUUCUGCUGGAUCUGAUGUUGCAAACCUUAGUACUUCUGCCAAGGAUAUGGGUGACCACUUUUUGGUCAAUGGACAAAAAAAGUGGAUUACUCAGGGUGCUUAUGCCGACUAUUAUGUCGUAGUUUGUCGUACCGGAGGUGAAGGAAUGAAUGGGAUGUCAUUAUUAUUAAUCGACCGGGCUACACCUGGUGUGGAGGCCCGUUACAUGGACGUCCAGGGAAUGUGGGGUUCUGGAACAGCUUAUAUUGUUUUCGAAGACGUCAAGGUCCCCAAAGAAAACUUGAUUGGAAAACUCAACCAAGGAUUCAAGUAUAUUAUGCACAACUUUAACCACGAACGCUUGAGUAUCAUUAUCCAGGCAAAUCGCCUUGCCCGUGUGUGUGUAGAAGAGUCUUUCAAGUACUCCAUCAAGAGAAAGACAUUUGGCAAACGCCUAAUUGACCAUGCUGUCAUUAGAAACAAGUUUGGUCAUAUGAUCCGUCACUGCGAGGCUACUCACGCUUGGCUAGAAAGUGUCUUGUAUCAAAUCCAGACUCUUCCAAAGGAAACCCAAGCUAGUCGCCUAGGUGGUCCUAUUGCUCUUCUCAAGGCCCAAAGUACCCAAACCUUUGAAUAUUGUGCCCGUGAGGCAUCACAAAUAUUCGGCGGGCUUUCCUACACUCGAGGCGGGCAAGGUGAGAAGGUAGAGCGUUUGUACCGUGAAGUAAGAGCCUAUGCUAUUCCUGGAGGAUCAGAAGAAAUUAUGCUUGACCUUGGUGUUCGGCAAGCACUAAAGAAGGUGACAGUUGGACAAGCAAAGCUUUGA